AUGCAUGAUUUGAUCACGAGGUUCGCGUUCGACGUGACCGCCACGCCCAUCUUCGGCGUGGACCCUGGUCUCCUCUCAACCGGCGGCCAUAACAUGCCACUACAACCCACGCAUGCCACCGUCGCCAUGGAUACCGUCAUGGAGAUGGCACUGCUCCGCCACGUCCUGCCAGUGUGCUGCUGGAAAGCGAUGAGGUGGCUAAACAUUGGCCCAGAGAGAAAGCUCGCCGUGGCGCAUAAAGUGCUUCGUGGGUUUAUAGCAGAGAUGAUGGAGAGGAGCAAGCUGAUGACAAGCAGCCAUACUGGUGAUCAGGAGGGUCCUGUUGGCCCCGUAGACAAUAUUAUGUCUACAUACAUCAACUAUCCAGAAUACAACGAUGGCCUGCUCUGCGCGACGCUCAUCAACUUCAUGAUCGCUGGGAGGGACACCAUCGGCACGGCGUUGCUAUGGCUCUUCUACAGCCUCGCCCAGAACCCUGACGUCGUGUCCUGUAUCCGGAAAGAAUUGUUCCCUAUUGCCUCGGGCAAAGCAGCACACGCCAGCACCAUGGUUAUAUUUGAGCCCGAGGAGACCAAAGCCCUUAUCUACUUGCACGCCACUUUGUUCGAGUCUCUCAGGCUGUUCCCUCCGAUCCCCAUCGAGCGCAAGACGGUGAUCGCUGACGAUGUGAUGCCGAGCGGCCACGGGGUGUGUGCUGGUGACACCAUCCUCGUCUCCCUCUACUCCAUGGGGAGAAUGGAGCAGGUGUGGGGGCAGGACUGCCGGGAGUACAAGCCGGAGAGGUGGCUCUCUGGAAACGGCAGCGAGCUACGGUAUGUGCCAUCUCACAAGUUCUUGGCGUUUAACUCGGGGCCUAGGAUGUGCCUCGGAAAGGACAUCGCCAUCAUGCAGAUGAAGACUGUCGUUGCUGCCAUCGUGUGGAACUUCGACCUGGAGGUGUUGGAAGGGCAUUCUGUCCAACCCAAGUUUUCUUGUAUUCUGCAGAUGAAACAUGGGCUUAUGGUGAAAGUGAAGAAGCGAGAAAUGUAG